CUUGCCCGGCGAUUGCAGCAGCGAGCGGCGGCGGCGCCCUGCGUGUGCAGCUCCGCGGCAGGGACUGAGCUCUGCAGCUCCCCUCCAGGGAAGCGGGAGCUGGAGGAAGGACCCGGGCAGACGCCUCUCGUAGAAAUACCUAUAUUUUUCCAGCCCGGGCUGCCCCUUACCGGGCGCGGGGCUCCCUCCAGCGCUCCCGAAAGCCGGAGCGAGGGCGAGCGCUGUGUUUGUUCCUUUGCGAGGAGACCUCCUCAGGCACCCCGAGCGACGUUGCGCCCCGGCCUUUUGCAAUAUAGAGGGGAAGCAGGCCAUGGUGAACCCCGGCGGCAGCUCGCAGCCGCCCCCGGUGACGGCGGGCUCCCUCUCCUGGAAGAGGUGCGCCGGCUGCGGGGGGAAGAUCGCCGACCGCUUCCUGCUCUACGCCAUGGACAGCUACUGGCACAGCCGCUGCCUCAAGUGCUCCUGCUGCCAGGCCCAGCUGGGGGACAUCGGCACCUCCUGCUACACCAAGAGCGGCAUGAUCCUCUGCAGGAACGACUACAUCAGGUUAUUUGGAAAUAGUGGUGCUUGCAGUGCCUGUGGACAGUCCAUUCCGGCUAGCGAGCUGGUCAUGAGGGCACAGGGCAACGUCUAUCAUCUUAAGUGUUUUACAUGCUCUACCUGCCGGAAUCGCCUGGUCCCCGGAGAUCGGUUUCACUACAUCAAUGGCAGUUUAUUUUGUGAACAUGAUAGACCUACAGCUCUCAUCAAUGGCCAUUUGAAUUCACUUCAGAGUAAUCCACUACUGCCAGACCAGAAGGUCUGCUAAAAGGUCAGAGUAAUGCAGAAUGCGUGCCUUCAUCUCAAAUUUUGUUCAUCACAGAUGGAUCCCAUGUCUCCAAGUAGACAAGUCACCUUUGUAGCUAGCAUCAGUGCCAGCUCCAUACCAUUGCACCUUCUUUAUUCUUGAUUGCCCUUCCCACAUUUAUUGGUGUAUUAAAAUGACUGAAUAUGAACAUUAAGGACUCCAUGAACCUGGGCUAAUGGGAGACUGUAGAGAAAAUGAAAAAAGAUCCACCGGAGGACAUCUUUGGGGGGGUGGGUGGGGAAG